AUGGAGUCGUACGGUAUCCCCCAGGGCGGCUACCAGCUGCCCGUCCAACGGCGGCUGAGCAGACUCUAUAACGACACCAAAAAGUCGUCCGACUUUGUCAAGGAACCGGUGCAGAACGCUGAGGACCCAGACAUCAAGUCCCUUCACCGGAAGCUGAAGAUCCAGAAUGACCGACUCGUCACCUGGGGCCUGGAAUGGUCCGACCCCGGCCACCAGGACAUCAUCGAUGAUUCCCUCUCAAAGGCCGGACUCAGCGAGGUUGUCGGGAGUAUCAUGUCAACGAUCAAGGAAAUCCUGGCUGAGGCGGAGCCAUUAUGGGCGAGUUCCAGACGGCAGGCUGGCGGUCUCUCAGCACCGCUAGGGGAUAAGAAGAUCCCUAUUGUGGCCUGGGACAAAGCGCGCUUUGAGGACUUGGUCAGAGAUCUGACUACAUCCAUCGACACUUUGUACGACCUUUCAAGGACAAGAUCAAAUGCUGCAACAUCAGCCCGAGCAAGACCUUACCCAGGGGCUUCCACCGAGGAUUUGCGGGCCUUUGAGUCAACCAGAAUGCAGACACCACAGCAGGUCAACCCCCAGACAUUAACCAGCCUGAGAGACAGACAGCCAAUUCCCAUGUCCGAGACUACCCCAGACGUCCCCCCUCGGGAUAUUGUCUACAUGAGCAAGCAGGCGUAUUCCGACUUGACAAGGAACAAUGGCCGCCCCUACACUGCACUGCUUCUAGAACAUGCCGAGUUUGAUCCCAUGUACUCUGCGACUGGCAUUAUGCCAGACAUGUCUCGAUUCGAGAAGCUUUCUGCUGGAUUGCAGACUGAACCACAGCGUUCUCCGGGUUCCUGGACAGGGCUUCCUCAGCUACUUGGUUAUUUUGAAGACAUGGACAACUCAAGACUCGGUUUGGUCUACCAUUUCCCACCGGGCUUCAACCCCAUCUCAUACGAACCUCUCACACAUAAUACCUUGAACACACUGUGUUCGCUCUCCGACCUUCUGGCACGACCUGAUUUCGAGCCAACCCUCGAGGCCAAAUUCCGCCUCGCAUACAACCUGGCCAACACUGUCUUCGACAUGCAUGCUCGAGGAAUUACCCAUGGCAACCUGACCAACUCUAGUAUCUCAUUUUGCAAGGCAGUGGGGGUUGAGCCGGGAAUGGGCGCCGGAGAGGUCGACAUUAGGCGGCCACUGAUAUCAUCCUUUGACUUGUUUCCAGAAAGCUUUCAGGAAGGGUCCACACCCACGACCUCGCUUUAUCGACACCCUCUCGACCCAAAGACGACGGCACAACAGUCCCUACUAUCAAAUCCCGACUCCAAGGCAUUCGACGUGUAUUCACUUGGAAUGCUCCUGCUUUCCAUCGGCAUGUGGACAAAUCUCGAGAAUCUUGUUUCCUCGCCAUCAGCUACAUCUGUGCCUGAGGUCGUUCUGGAGCAGUUGGCGAAGAACUGUGGAACGCUGUACAUGAAGGCCGUCCAAACGUGCUGGAAGGCAGUCGAUGACGAAUUGGCAGCUGGAACAGAGAGCAACCAAGUCAUGACGCGUGUCCAAGUCAGUGCCAGCCGAUAUCUCGAGGUUUGCGCGAUUCUUGACAGCGUCGGUGGUCUUGAGGAUCGUCUGAGCAGCGAUUUGGGCAUCCAGUCUUCGUCAAAACAAACCCAGGGGCAGAAGUCGGAAAAGACGAUCGCAUCGUCAUCCAAGGAUGAAAAGGCGCGCGAAGCUGGCUUUGCCGAACCUGCUCCUCAGACAAUCAUGACGAAGAGCACCGUGGGGGCAGCGCCACCAGAGACUCAGACACAGCGAGGUAUGCUCUCCAGCGUCCACAUACGGCUUUCCAAACUCACUGACCAAGCAGCCCAUGCAACAUCCGAAUUACGAGCGAAGCGAUCAGCCAAGAAUCGCCUUUACCCACACACGCCGUUGCCUCCCGAGGCUGUCGAACACUGGAACUCUGUGCUCAUGCCCCAGAUCAACCAAGCUCUUCGACAUUUCUAUCGCAAGAACCCUGAAUCGGUGGAGAUAUCGCUUGAGUCGAUUGGAGAGACGGCAAAGGAAACCACGCCUACUGUACUCGUAGUGUGCACCUCCGUCUCAAAGGUCAAGGCAAUUCUGAGACGUAAGAUGGGCGCACUCUUCGAUGGCACCACCGGCUUCGCCGUGAAGGUGUGCCGAGGACAAGUCCUUCGGUCUCGAAAUCAAGGUACUAAGCGCAGCAUGGCCCACCCCGAGAGUGCCGAACAAGGGGAAGUAGUGGCCGCUAAUGGAAGCUUCCAGGAGCGCCCACUGAACGGAGCCAGUAUAGGAGCUUGGAUUGGCGAUCGUCACUUACCGCCAGUCAGCUUCGGAGGGCUAGUUGUGGUUGAUGACAAGACAUACGGCAUGACAGUGCACCACAUGCUUGAUGACCCCGAGUCAUCUGGUCCCGAGGGGCCACAACAACCCCUGCGGAGCGGAGCAGGUUCGGAGAACCAGGUGCCUGACCUGGCUGCGUGGUACGCGCAACAAUACCCGGAGGAAGACUCGCCCAACUCGGGGAGUAGCAGUGACACGGAAGACUUCGCGGCCGAGUUCUCCGACGACGGGUCCGACGCCUUCACCGAGUCAGCCGUCACUAGCGAAUACUCUGACGAGGAGACUGGGGAGGAGGAUCAAUACGGCGACCCGGGAGACAUCCCUGGUGUAGAGCCCGGCUGCGGAGACGGAUAUGUUGUGAGCCAACCUGCGCUUGACGACGUCGAGGAAGGCUUCUUUGCCAGUCCGGACACCCAGGACGAAGAGCACCUCGACACCUUCAGUCUCGGUGAAGUGUUCGCUUCGAGUGGCAUCCGCCGUCGCAAUGACGACCGUGGUCUUAUUCACGAGAUAGACUGGGCCCUCUUUGAAUUCAAAGACGACCGGCUACCCGGCGACAACGCCAUCCCCGUGGCCGACAGCGCCGUGCGACAGCCUAUACGGCCGACUUCGGUGGUGCCCGCCUCUUCUCUGCCGAACCUCGAAGUUCAGUGCAUGGCGCGCACUAGCGGCCUGCAGACCGGAGUCAUCCUGCCGACACUGGUUUCGGUCAAGAUCUAUGGCCGGACCUCUCCCAGCCAUACCUACCAGAUCACCAGCUCACCGUCGCCCGAGAGGAACAACGGUGCCAAACCACGGCGGCCUCUAGGUCUCCCUGGCGAUAGUGGAGCCUGGAUCAUCGAGCGCACAAACGGGCAGGUCUGUGGACAUGUGCUAGCGUGGUCUCAGCGGAAACGAGUGGCGUACAUCUGCCCGAUGGACGUGCUUCUCCUGGAUAUCGCCGAGACGCUUGAGGCCACGGAGGUGAGGCUGCCUGGUGGGGAGCCGGUAGUGAAGAUGGUGGACGACAGCGCCAGCGUCAGCGUCAGCGAGCGUGACGAGGGCUAUUGCGAGCCGCUGGGCGACGAGUCUGAUUUAGAUGCUGAACUCCGGUCCAUGGCAGCUGCGAAGCGCCGGAGCUUGAGGAAGGGCAAGGGGUCACUAAGGGCUAGUACCCAUGGCAUCGCAAGAGAAGAGGGAGUGGACAGGGGAGCGUCAGUGAGAAGCGUGCCCCCUUGCAAUAGGAGCAGUGGCCUAGGCCAUAUUGAGGAGGACUUGUCGAGGUUGAGUCUGGGGAGCAAGGAGGCAGAGGCUGGAUAUUCGAAGGCUUGA